UUCAACAUUUCCAUCUGGAAUCAAGGGUUUGGCAGAUUAUGUCCAUUCCAAAGGCCUCAAACUUGGAAUUUACUCCGAUGCUGGGAACCAGACAUGUAGCAAGAAAAUGCCAGGAUCGCUAGACCAUGAAGAACAAGACGCUAAAACUUUCGCUUCCUGGGGAAUCGACUACUUGAAGUAUGAUAAUUGUAACGACGAUGGCACGAGUCCAAAAAUCAGAUACCCAGUGAUGAACAAGGCACUAAUGAGGACUGGAAGACCUAUCUUCUUCUCUCUAUGUGAAUGGGGUGUGGAGGACCCUGCAACUUGGGCCAGCGGCAUAGGAAAUAGCUGGAGGACAACAGGGGACAUCAAUGAUACUUGGGAAAGAAUGACGAAACGUGCCGAUACGAACGAUCGAUGGGCAGCUUAUGCUGCUCCAGGAGGCUGGAAUGAUCCAGAUAUGCUUGAAGUUGGGAACGGAGGGAUGACAACAGACGAAUACCGAUCACAUUUCAGCAUAUGGGCUCUCGCCAAAGCUCCUCUGCUUAUCGGGUGCGACGUUCGGUCCAUGAGCAACGAAACUUACGAGAUUCUAACCAAUAGCGAAGUGAUUGCGGUGAACCAAGAUCAACUUGGAGUGCAGGGGAAGAAGGUUAACAAGGAUGGAGACCUAGAGGUAUGGGCUGGUCCGCUCAGCAAAAACAGAGUGGCGUUGGUGCUGUGGAACAGAGGUUCUUCCCCUGCGACGGUUACUGCACAAAUGGCCGACGUUGGUCUCUCUCCGUCCGCCAUUGUUGAUGUCAGAGAUUUAUGGGCUCACUCGACGUUGGCAUCAGUGACGGGACCAAUUUCGGCGUACUUGAUGCCUCAUGGUAGUAUGAUGUUUGUACUCACUCCCAAGUCAUAAGCAAUAAAAGCAAAUCUAAUGGGAUUCCUCAACAAUAAGGACUACAUAACUGGCUCGCCUUUGUGGUUGAGACAGUCUUCUAUGUUAUAGAUCGAGGGUAAUCAGUUUUAAGUUGC